CUCAUUUUUCUGAUGUUCUUUAAGUUUGACCCCUUCUUGCUUAGGUUCGUAGUUUCCCAAUUCUUGUUAUACAAAUAUAGAUCUUCAGGUCCUUUUGAGCUAUGAAAGAAACUGAACUUACCCUUUUCGAGUGUCUGUUUAGGAAUUUCUACCUUUUACAACAAAUAUCCAACUUCCAAGGAGACACCCCACAAAAUCAAGAUUGAUUUAUUGUUUUGUAUUUUGAUGGUGUGAAAAUACCGUAAGGAUGUGAUUGUUAAGUAGUUUGGGUGUUGGCAAGAAUGCAUUUCCUUAUCUGUAAUGGGAUUUGACUCAAUGAUCUUGAAGGAACCCUUUAGCUACUAAUCUAGCCUGGAAUUUUAUUUGGUGAUUCAUUUAAUCUUGAUGUGUUACCGGAGCUAUAGAGGACGCUAAUGGGUUCUGAUAGUUUUUUGUGAACCGAUAUGCUGUUUUUUCUAGAAUUCGUAACCCCAUAACCUCAAAAUUCUAGCUCCGCCUCUGGGUUUCUGCAACUUAUAGAAAGAACUCACUUGCAUCUUGGAACUGUAUACCAGUGAAAAUAGUCAUUGCUUUCUGCAGAUUGCCUAUUUCUCUUCAGAAGAUGUGUUAAUGGAAUAUGCUUAAUUCUUGUUUCUCAAAUUUGAAGAUUUUACCAAAUUCAAGGACAUUCAUUUCCUAGUAAAAUCGCUGCUUCUACCUGCCAAUGUUCUAACAAUCAGAAUAGUAUAACACCCAGAGAAGACUUGGACUUCACUCAGGUACAAAAAUGGCUAUGGCACCAACUGUUAAAGUGGUUCUUGGUUCAAUUGCCUUUGCUGUCUUUUGGGUACUGGCAGUUUUCCCUGCUGUCCCUUUCAUGCCUAUUGGAAGAACUGCAGGAUCUCUUCUUGGGGCUAUGCUCAUGGUUCUUUUUCGAGUCUUAACUCCGGAUCAAGCAUAUGCUGCUAUCGAUCUUCCCAUUUUAGGCCUUCUCUUCGGGACUAUGGUUGUUAGUGUUUAUCUAGAAAAAGCAGACAUGUUUAAAUACUUAGGUAAAUUACUGGCAUGGAAGAGCCAAGGAGCCAGGGAUUUACUUUGUCGAAUCUGCUUGGUUUCAGCCAUUUCAAGUGCCCUUUUUACCAACGAUACUACUUGUGUUGUUUUAACCGAGUUCGUAUUGAAAAUAGCUAGGCAACAAAAUCUCCCACCGCAUCCUUUCCUAUUAGCUCUUGCUUCAAGUGCAAAUAUUGGAUCUUCUGCCACGCCAAUUGGGAAUCCACAGAACUUAGUCAUAGCAGUACAAAGCAAGAUAUCUUUCGGGAAGUUUUUAUUUGGAAUUCUUCCUGCAAUGCUUGUUGGUGUAGUCAUUAAUGCUCUUUUGCUGCUUUGUAUGUAUUGGAAAUUGUUGUCUGUACAGAAGGAUGUCGAAGAUGCAACUGCUGAAGUAGUUCCUGAAGAAGAAGUAGUUUCCCAUCGUUUUUCUCCAGCGACAAUGUCACAUCUUAGUUCCUUGAAUUCUCAAGAAUUAAACAAUACAUUGGAUUCAAUUGCUAUCAGCAGCUCUCCUAGUGUCAAUGGUCACACAAAUCACGCCGAUACACUUAGAAAUCGUGCCAGUGUUGGAGAAAGUGAAAUACAAAAAGUCUCUAGCGGAGGAUUCGAUUCAUCUAGGAAUUCAAGUGCCUCAAAAGAAGGACUAAAUGAUGGAUCAAUACAGAAAAGAGAGGAGAAUAUUGUGUCUUCAAAAAGAGUUUCAUCUGUUGAUGAAUAUGAAGGUGAAAACUUCACGUCUUAUGACGAAAAGGGGAACUUUCCAAAAGUAUGGAAAAAUAUGUUGUGGAAAAUAUGUGUUUAUCUUGUUACCAUUGGAAUGUUAAUAGCUUUGCUAAUGGGCCUGAAUAUGUCAUGGACUGCUAUCACUGCAGCACUAGCUCUCGUGGUUCUUGAUUUCAAAGAUGCCAGGCCAAGCUUAGAAAAGGUUUCCUAUUCGCUUUUGAUAUUCUUUUGUGGUAUGUUCAUCACGGUUGACGGCUUUAACAAAACUGGGAUUCCAAGUGCUCUUUGGGAUUUUAUGGAGCCAUAUUCCAAGAUAGAUCAUGCUGCAGGAAUAGCAGUUCUUGCUAUGGUCAUAUUGGUCCUAUCAAAUGUGGCUUCAAAUGUGCCUACUGUCUUGCUGCUCGGAGGACGAGUUGCUGCUUCAGUAGCUGCAAUAUCUCCUGAUAGUGAGCAAAAGGCAUGGCUCAUCUUAGCAUGGGUCAGCACCGUGGCGGGGAACCUUUCACUCUUAGGCUCAGCGGCAAACUUAAUAGUAUGUGAGCAGGCUCGUCAGGCUCAACACUUUGGCUAUAAUCUCUCAUUCUGGAGUCAUCUCAAAUUUGGAGUUCCGUCUACGCUUAUUGUUACAGCCACAGGUUUGAUGCUCAUUCGAGGAUGACACAUAUUUUAGUCGCGGUUACUUGUGUUUUGAAGCUUCAAAUAGAUUGUCAAAUGCAACUAUCAUCCUUGUGUAUGGAAAUUUAUUUAUGAAAUGUACGGUUUUCUUAAAA